CCACUCAUCAGGUCAACUCUUACCCUCACAGCCUUCUUUGACAAAAAUAAUAUAUUUCAAAUAAAUUAACAAUUUGCAGUUGAAGAAAAAAUAAAUUAACAAUUCUCCAAAGCAAACUACAAUGGAGAUCCUUCAUUAUUUCUUAUUUUUGGGUCUCCUGAUGUCUGAUUUAGGAAUUGGUAGGGCACAAGACACCAUAGCAGCUAAUCAAACUCUCCGUGAAGGGGAUACCCUUGUUUCAGCCGAUGAAAUGUAUGAACUCGGGUUUUUCAGUCUGGGAAACAUUACAAAGCGGUAUUUGGGGAUAUGGUACAAGAACAAAUCCCCACUGACAGUGGCGUGGGUUGCUAACAGGGAGACACCAAUAACCGACUUGUCAGGUGUCUUCAGAGUACACACCAACGGAUCUCUAUUGGUUAUCGCUGGUAGCAACAACACCACUGUCUGGUCAUCUAACCCUGGCCCGGUAUCUCCGACAACCAGAAAUCCGGUGGCACAACUUUUGAACCCUGGAAAUCUUGUUGUUAGAGAUCAAAGUGGCGAAGGAAGUUUCAUUUGGCAAAGUUUUGAUCACCCUGGAGACAUGUUCCUUCCCGGGAUAAAAUUAGGGAAGGACCUGGUCUCUGGGUUAGAUAGGCGGUUGUCGUCAUGGAAGAGCCUCGACGACCCUUCACCUGGCCUGUUUGAAGCGGUGAUGAAUACAAACGGGUACCCACAAUUGUGGGUAGAAAGAGAUUCUGUUCCUUACUCGAGGUUUGGACCAUGGAAUGGUGUUACGUUCAAUGGCAUUCCUAGUCAUAUUUCAGACUCCAUAUUCACACAAGACUUUGUUAUGAAUGAUAAGGAGGUGUACUAUUGGUUCAAACUUGUUAACAGUUCAGUCGUGACCCGCAUCUACUUCAGUCCAGAAGGCAUCCCGUUGCGAAUGAACUGGAAUGAACGAACACAGAUGUGGUUCCUAUACUCUAGCGCCAAUAUCGACAUGUGUAGCCUUUUCGCUCUAUGUGGUUCCAAUGGAAAGUGCGACCCUCAGAACACACCUCUUUGUAGUUGUAUGGAAGGGUUCGAACCACGAAACCCAGAUGAAUGGAGUGCGUCCCAGUGGUCAAGUGGGUGUCGCCGUAGAACAGCUUUAAGUUGUCCAAAUGGGGAUGGUUUUCGUGUGUUUAAAAACGUUAAAUUGCCAGAUACUCGGCGUGCAUGGUUCAAUAGGAGCAUGACACUUGGCGAAUGUGAGACAGCAUGCAAGCAGAAUUGCUCGUGUAACGCGUAUUCGAAUAUGGAUAUUCGAAUGAACGGAAGCGGAUGCUUGCUGUGGUUCGAUGAUCUAAUGGACAUCCGAACAGUGGAAGAAAGCCAGGACCUUUUCGUAAGAAUGGCUGUCUCCGACUUGACAACUCCAUCAAUCCCUGGAUUUACCUCCAGACAUGGCUCCAACAAAAAGAGGCAAACAAUCAUAGUGGUGGUGUCGAUUUUAUCUAUUGUUGUAAUGGUGAUAUUGAUUUUAGCAAUCCUGAAUGGUUGGAGAAAAAAGAAAAGAUCCCAAGUGAAAAUACCAGUGCAAACCAUUGAUGAAGAGUAUAUCAUGGAGAGCCAAGAUGAUGAUACAGAGUUAAAGUCUUUUGGCCUGACUAAGAUAUGGAAAUCCACUAAUGAUUUUGCAAAUGAUAAAAAACUUGGAGAAGGUGGUUUUGGUCCGGUUUACAAGGGCGUGCUGGAUGACGAACGAGAAAUAGCUGUGAAAAGAUUAUCCAAAACUUCAAGACAAGGAGAUGAAAAGAUGUUAAUAUAUGAGUACAUGCCUAACAAAAGUUUGGACUCGUUCAUAUUUGCAGAUAAAAUCAAAAGUUCGAUACUAGGUUGGUCAGAUCGUUUUCACAUCAUUCAUGGGAUUGCUCGAGGACUCCUUUAUCUUCAUCAAGAUUCACGAUUUAAAAUUGUUCAUCGAGAUCUCAAAACAAGCAAUAUUUUGCUGGAUGGUGACAUGAACCCAAAGAUAUCAGACUUUGGUCUUGCAAGAAUGUUUAGAGAACAUGAAAAUGAGGCAAAUACGAACAAUGUAGUUGGAACUUUGGGUUACAUAGCACCAGAAUAUGCUGUAGAUGGGAUUUUCUCGGAAAAAUCAGAUGUCUUUAGUUUUGGUGUUCUCGUGUUGGAAAUUGUAAGUGGGAAAAAAAAUAGAGGAUUUUCUCAUCAGAAUGACAGUGAUAAUCUUCUUGCACAUGCAUGGAGACUUUUCGAAGGAGGCAUGGCAAUGGAGCUGCUUGCUGCACAUAUGCACGAGUCAUGUGUAGCCUCCGAAGUACUUCGGUCAAUACAUAUUGGUCUUUUAUGUGCCCAACAUUUUGCAAAAGAUAGACCAACUAUGUCAUCUGUCGUUUUGAUGUUUGAUAAAGAAGGUGCAUUGCCUCAACCUAAACAACCUGCAUUUUUUGCUAAAGGAAGUUUGCCUCAACUUAAUCUAGCUUCUGUCAAUGACAUCACGAUGACAACAUUAGAACCUCGAUAAUAUCUGUUCAUAUCAAGGUCCAUUUGGUGAUCAUAAUACCAAGUUUUCAUGUUCACGUAUAUUAUAGACGUAUCAACCUACUUAUUGUAAAAUAUAUGGGUUGUAUGUAUGUUUUGCAAACAUAAUAAGAUUGUUAACUGGUGACUUAGGUAUCCACAAUGCACUAAACUACACUAUUACA